AUGACCUCCGCGGACGCCGUCGCGGAGCCUCCGCCGGCGAAGAAGAGGUCGCCGCUGAAGCGCCUCUCGAAGGCGACGAAGCGCGCGGUGGGGAUCAAGAGCAAGAAGGACAAGGCCGCGGCGGCCGCGGCCGCGAACGGCGAUCCGGCCAUCACCACCUCGUCCGCCUCGGCCUCGGCCUCGGCGCCCGAUCGCGCGUCCGGCGCGAGCGUCGCGGGCGGCGCGGCCGCCGCGCCGUCCGCGCGGAAGAACCCGGGGUUCCCGCGCGAGAGGGCCUCCGCGACGGCGUCCGCGGCCGCGCCGAGGGCGCCCUCGUCCGCCGCGCCGAAGCGGCCGGCGGACGCGCGAUCGAACUCGAACGUCGCGUCCUCCGCGUCUUCCGCGUCCGCGGCGACGACGACCGCGGCGGCGCCCGCGGACGCGCCCCCCGUCAAGAAGCGCGGCGCGUUCGCGUCUCUGGUGAAGUCUCUGAAGUUCGGCAAGAGCAAGAAGCCGAAGGAGGAGGCGCCGCCGCCGCCGCCGGCGAACCGAUGGCAGGCGGCGACGAGGAAUUACACCGCCGCGCUCGGUCAAGUCGGGAGCGACCAUCGGAAGUACGCGGAGACGGAGGAGAAGCCCGGGCCGCCGAUCGGCGACGGCGGCGCGUACGUCGCCGCGUCGAGAGUAGGAUCAGGAGGAGGAGGAGACGCGGCGACGGACGCGGAAGUGCGGCGGUCGGCGGCGUCGUGGUCGGCGGCGGCGCCGACGACGGCGGAAGUGCGGCGGUCGGCGGCGUCCUCGACGGCGAGGGCGGCGGCGGCGGCGCUGGCGCCGCCGCCGCCGCCGCCUCCGCCGCCGGCGGCGCCUUCGCCCGCGAAAACCUCCGCCGCGCCGACGAGCGACGCGGCCGCGGUCAGGAAUCGAUGGGCGGCCGCGGCGGCGGCGGGCGGCGCGCCGGUGCCGCCGCCGCCGACGGAGAAGAAGCAAGGCGCGUCGAAGUUUAUGUCGCUCCUCAAGGCGAUCAAGACGAAGCCCAAGACCCCGGAGCAGAUCGAGGCGGAGAAGCGAGAGAAGGAGCGAAAGAAGCUCGAGAAGCAGCGCGAGAAGGAGGCGAAGAGGGUGGCGACCGCGGAGAAGAAGGCGCUGAAGAGGGAGGAGAAGGAGGAGAAGAGGGCGAUGUCCACGGCGAAGAAGGCGGCGAAGAAGGAGGAGAAAGCCGCGGCGAAGGCGGAGAGAGAGGCGAUGGCGCGCGAGCUGUCGUUCUCGUUCGAGGGUAACACCCCGGGCGGAAGCGGCGGGCAGAAGUCCGCGGUCAAGAAGUCCCUGUUCUCGUCGAAGAAGGAGAGGAAGGCGGGCGAGGACGCGGCGGCGGCGGCGGCGGCGGCGGCGGCGGCGGACCCCUCCGACCCGGACGCGAUGUUACGCGGCCCGCUCGCGAUGCGCAUCCUCGCCGGGGACAUCAGCGGCGCGGUCAGGGACUCCGAGCGAUCGCACGGCGCGGUCGCGCCGCCGGGGACGGGGACGGGGACGUCGACCUCGAACGCUGCGUCGCCGUCCAAGGCUGCUGAGGGCUCGGGCUCGGGCGCGCGUCCGCGGCGGACGUCGUCGCGCGAGCUGUGGCAAAUCGGCGGCGCUCGAGCGUCGGGGCUUCCGCUGAACGGGCUCCAGCCGCGCGACGCGAGAGGCGACGACUUCGACGCCGUCGUCCAGGCGACGUCCAAGCCGCGCGCGAGGUUUAAGCGCGCGAUGAUCGAUCUCAUCGCGUCGAUGCGCGCGCGGCACGACGCAACGAUCGUCAUCGGCGAGGGCAUGGCGCGCGUCAUCGAGAGGCUCGAGGAUCUCGAGCCCGCGGCGGUCGCGUUCGGGAGGUUGCAGCGGCGGACCGGCGCGGAGGCGGCGGGCGGCGGCGGCGGCGGGGGGGUCGAGGCGGUGGCGGCGAGGCGCGCGACGGAGACGACGAAGCCGGCGGCGGCGGCGGCGAUCGCGGCGACGCGCGAGUCGAACGACACGUCAAGGGCGAAGACGCCGUCGCCGCCGCCGUCGCCUACGCGGCAGCAGCAGCAGCAGCAGCAGCAGCCGCAGCGCGCGGACGUCGUCGACGCGAAGCCGCCGUCGUCUCCCGCGCGGUCGGCGGCGGCCGAGCUCCCCCCCGCGCCGGUCGGCGAGGCGUUGUUCGAGUCGGACGCGUCGGAAGGGUUCCAGCCGCUGAGGGCGAGCAGGAACGCGGUCAAGAUGUCGUCGCUGCCGCCGUCCGUCGCCGCGCGUCUGCGCGGCCGCGGGUUCCGGGAUAUCGACGACCCCCCGUCGUCGUCGUCGUCUGAGUCCGAAUCGGACGGCGGCGGCGCCGGCGGUGGCGGCGGCGACGCGCGCGUGGACUUGGCGCAAGACAUCGCGCUUGCGCGGUUGCUCGACGGAUCCGACGACGACGACGACGACGACGACCAGGUCGCGGAGGCGGCGAUCCCCGCGCACGCCGCGCCUCGCUCGCCCGUCGAGGACGUCGCCGCCUCGAUGACGAAGCAGCGGACGAUUCGUCCGGCGCCGGAGCGCGCGCCGUCGCCGGCGGUGACGGCGCUCGCCCAAGCGCGCCGAGCCGCCGCCGCCGCGCGCGAGCGUCAAAAACAACACCAACGGCAGCGGCAGCGAUCGCGGGACUCGUCGCGGUACGCGACGCCGACGCAGUCGCCGCCGCGCCCGGGCUCGGGAUCGGGCUCGGGCGAGCGGGACCGCGAACGAUUGGACGCGCGGGGGCGACCGGCGGCGAUCACGCCGAGUUACUUCGCCGCGAGGGCGACGCGCGAUCUCGGCGACUCGUCGCCGUCGCCGUCGCCCGCGGCGGUCGUGCGAGCCAGAGGGCUCGUGUCCGCGGGCGCGACCGACCUCGAGAGCCUGCGCGCGAUGCGCAAGUUGUUACUCUCCAAGCGCGGCGGCGGCGGCGGCGGCGGCGGCGGCGGCGGCGAGGACGAGGACGAGGACGAGACGCGCGGCGCGGUCGUGGAGCUGUCGCGGUUCGACGUCGACGCGCGAGAAGCCGCGGAGAGCCGCGCGGCGGCGAAGCGGCGGCUACACGCCGCGUACGCGUCCGCGUCGCGGCGGGGGUCGGGCGGUGGGUCCGGGUCUGGGUCUAAAGAAAAAACGGCUUCGUGGUCGCCGUUACAGCGCGCGUGGACGUCGUACGAGGGCGCCGCGGGGAGAGACUGGCGGCCGACGUCUCCGGACGCGUCGUCGCCGACGGAGCUCGGGAGAGGCCGGCUGGCGCACGCGCGGUCGAGCUCGAUGUCGAUAUCCCCGGGGGAGAGCGCGGGGGCGAAGACGACGAAGGCGACGAGGGGGGCGGGGUCGUUGGCGCAGAGGAAGGAGGCGUUCCGGGAGGCGAACGCGCGUCGGCGGUUGACCGGGUUUUGA